CGUUGGCGUAGACGUUGGUUUACUUUGAAACAAGGCGAGAUACCCGAACAGUUUUGCCUUGAAUACUAUGCCGACCGUAAGUGUCGCAAAUUGAAAGGUGUCAUCGAUUUGGAUCAAUGUGAACAGGUCGAUUGUGGUUUGCGUUUGGAAAAUCGCAAACAAAAAUUUCAAUUUAUGUUUGAUAUUAAAACACCAAAACGUACAUAUUAUUUGGCAGCGGAUACGGAAACGGAUAUGCGUGAUUGGGUUAAUUGUAUAUGUCAGGUGUGUCAUUUGCAUGAUACUAAACAAUCACAAGGUAAAAAAUAAAAGAAACAAACUUCAAUGGACAAAAAGUGCUAAAUUGUAACAUUACUCUUUUUUAAAACAGAUGAAAAUCGCAACCAAAACAAUGCUGCUACCACACACACCAAUUCAUCAAAUGAUACCACUACCACAACCAUUAAUUCUUCAAGUGGUACCAAUGCAAGUAAUACUCGUCAGAGUUUUAACAAUGACAUUCUUAGAAGGCCUUUAAAUGUUGUAGAACAACAACCUCUGACAGCAGCCACUACAAGUGCAAAUCUAACAAACGCUUCUUCGUCCACUUCAUCGACAUCAUAUCAGCAUAGUAACGAUAGUGCCUAUGUUAAUACAGAGUAUACUAAUCGCGAAACACUAUUGUGUGAUGCACAAUUUGAAAAACAACAAUUGGUUAAUAUGGCUGCUAAUGCUCAGCAUACAGCAGCACCACCGAAUACAUCAUCAUCGGCAGCUUUGUACUUGAAUACGGCUGCAUUUCAGGAUACUUCACGUUUAUCAGUCAGUUCAAAUGGUGUUGUACGUAAGAUACCAGAAAAUUUAGUUUUAAACAAUACACCACUACCAGAAUCUCAACAGCAUAGCGUACAACCUUCACCGGCUUUGAGUACAGCAUCAGGACCUUAUAUACCCAUUAGCGAAUGUUAUUCGGGUAGUCCGAAAUUUAUGCUUGAUAGUGAAAAUCCUUCAACGCCUUUAAAUAAUUUGGAUCCAAAGUUUUAUGACACACCUAGAGUUCAUAAUAAUAUUGGUUUAAAUUUAACCAAUGAUCAAUCGUACUCUCCCAAAAUUACAAAUUGUGGAACGGUGUGUUUCAAAAAUCGUAGCCAAAAGUCCGAUUCAGAUUCUGAAAGUGUUUUUACCGAUGACGACGAAUGGGCACAUCCUAUGCCCUUAAGAGAAAAUAUGGAUCGUAAUACUAGACCUUCCGAUAGUUCGGUGGAAAAUGAAUCUUUUGUUUUGACAUAUUCACAACGUUUUUCCAAACUACCUGACGAUGUCAAAAAAGAGCAACAAGGCAUGACAACACAAAACUCCAAUGAUUGUUUGGAGAAAUUGGCUAAAGUAUUAAAAAAUAAAAACAAUUUAAUUUUGGACUUUAAGGACAAUGAAAAAUUAACCCGAGAUUUGCCACAAUUUUCCGAUACGGAAAAUACAUCACCUGCUAUAAUAGGACCACGAGAUGCCCGAUCUGUGGUUGAAGAAAGCUAUGACAUACCACGUUCACAUCAACUACCCUACUAUAAUAUGGCACAUUUGCUGGAAAAAGUAACAAGUCCAGAGGCCAAUCCCAUAGCAGCUUCUACACCCAAUUUAAUGGCGGGCCUAGAUACUGUGCCAGGAUCACCAUCGUCCGUGAUUUCAGUGGCUCAUUCUUUAGGUCCACAAUCAACAACAAAUAUGCGCACAUUACCAAGACCACAUUGUUAUACAAAUGCAGCACCCAGUAAGGUUGAGGGUAAUGUAUUUCGUUAUGAUUUCAUCGAACAAACAAAUUUGCCACCAGUCAAUCGCAAAUUGAAACCUAAAUUGAGUAUUGAAGCUGACAAGCCACCAGAGGAGUUACCAGCUAAACCGCCACAGUUGGCCGUGCAGCAAGUGGACAAUUUGGCAAAUCGUUUGCAUGCAACACAAAUACAAACACCAGCUGGUCUGGUUGGUAGUGAAAAUAUACCACUGAAACCACCUUCAGUGGAUCGUAAAAAUAAACCGAAUGCUUAUAAGAUUGGCAAUUCAAAUACUUUGGGAAAUAAUACACGACGUACCACAGGUGCUCCACUCUCAAUGGUGCUACCAAGCGAUGCUGAAACAUCAAACACUUCAUAUCUAAUGGAAACUAGAACAUUACCACGACAACCCAGACCUAAUUAUGCAUUUAAUACAUCAAAUGCUUCACUGUGUAAUACACCAACUGCUGUAAAUGCUCCGCCUACAGUAUUUAGCAUACAGCAUCAGCGUACCGCUUCAGCUAAUGCAGCUAUGCAACAAUUGUCUAAUACAACUAACACAAUACCCCCACAAAUACAACCACCACCUAAAAACGAACAUAAACUACAAUAUUUCGAUUUGGAUGUAGCAAAUGCUCCGGCCAUUAAUCGUCAAAGUAUGAGUGUGGGUAAUUUAAAUAAUCCUGGCGUUGGACGUUUGGGUUUAGCAGCUGAUCCCUCAGCCCGGGCUCCAGUACAAAGUACAGUAGUUUAUAAUUCAGUUGACUUUGUUAAAACGGAGGCCUUUAAACGAAUACGUGAAGAAAGAAAAAAGGAAAAUGAAGGUGUUAAUGCUAAUAAAUAAUUUGUUAGAAUAGAACUAAUAUCAUUAUAUAUCAGAAAUAUCUUGGCAUUACUAUUUUACAUGCCCCAUAUAUCGUUAUAUACUUUCGAUAUGUUUAGUUUUGUUUAAUAGUUAAAAGAGAUUCCAUUGUAUUUAGUUAUAAUUUAGUUUUAAUAGUUUGUAAUUGUGUGCUUUUAAGCAUUUAUUUUAUGUAUGUAAUUUAAUAAUAUUUUUUAUAAGCUUUAGCUUUUUUACUAAAAAAAACUUUUGUUUUGGAUGUGCUAAAUUUGAAAAAUAUUUAAAUUUAUUAAAUUAAAUUUCUAGGUUUUAAUUUUAUGGAAAAUCUUAACAAAUCAUUCAAAAUUUGUAUUCUCAUAUGUUCAUUAAACAUUCAAAAUAACGCACAGUGCUGAUAAUAAGCAAAAAAUAAUAACAAAAUCUUAAAAUAAUUAAGAA